AUGUCUAACUCAAACUUUAGCCUUCUCUCAGGCAAUGAAAUCCAUAAAGCUCUUGAGUUACAUUCUUUGGAACCUCAACUAAUGAUGACUGACAAUAUAGCAACAAUAAUUGCUUUGCAAAUAACACUCUUUCCUUCUCAAGGUUUUUGUGUUGGCAUAACAACUCACCAUGCAAUUCUUGAUGGUAAAAGUACAACCAUGUUUGUCAAGUCCUGGGUUUAUCUUUGUAAAAAAGGUAACACUAAAAACUCUUCUUUGCCACCAAAGCUAACCUUAUUUUAUGAUAGGAGUGUUAUCAAAGAUCCAAGUGGACUUGACUUGGUGUACUUAAACCAAUGGUUAGCUUUUACUAGCUCUGAUUCGGAUCCCAAUAGGAGAAGCUUGAUAAUUUUGCAGAAUAUCAAAGAUGUUUCUGAUGAUUUGCUUCGUCCCACAUUUGAUUUAACUCAUGAACAUAUCAAGUCACUUAGAGAAAAGGUUUUAUCUAAGUUGGAUAAAGCAAAACCACUUCAUUUAUCAAGUUUUGUUCUUACAUUUGCCUAUGUAUCCACUUGUCUAAUCAAAGCAAGAGGUGGAGAAAGUGACAAAAUGGUUAAUUUGGGGUUCGCAACAGAUGCAAGGUCACAUUUGAACCCUCCGAUCCCAAAAAAUUAUUUUGGUAACUGUGUUUUAGGCCUUUUAGCUUCAGCAAAAGCAGGAAACUUCAUGGAUGAAAAUGGUUUGCCACUGCUGCGGAGCUGGCAAGCAAUAUGGUUAAAGAGUUGGAGAAGAAAGGGAUUCUUGAAUAGGCAGAAAAGAAGUUGA